CCCGGGGUGGGAGGAUGUGAUGACGCUGUGCCCCCGCCGCGGGAACUCAGGCCUUUAAAAGCCGAGGAAACAGCCUUGAGCAGGCGGUGGCUCCACUGGAGGCAAGCACACCCGGGUCUCACAUUAAAGAAGCCAAACUGUCUACUUCAAAGAGAAAAGGCAACAUCCUGUCGCAGGCCAUGCUCUGGCAAAAACCCACAGCUCCAGAGCAAGCCCCGGCCCCACCCCGGCCGUACCAGGGCGUGCGGGUGAAGGAGCCAGUGAAGGAGCUGCUGCGGAGGAAACGUGGCCACGCCAGCAGCGGGCCUCCGGUGGCACCGACCGCGGUGGUGCUGCCCCAUCAGCCCCUGGCGACCUACACCACAGUAGGUCCUUCCUGCCUUGACAUGGAGGUCUCUGCUUCCACAGUGACGGAGGAGGGGGCCCUGUGUGCCGGCUGGCUCUCCCAGCCCGCCCCGGCCACCCUCCAGCCCCUGGCCCCAUGGGCACCCUAUACGGAAUAUGUGUCCCAUGAGGCUGUCAGCUGCCCCUACUCAGCUGACAUGUAUGUGCAGCCCGUGUGCCCCAGCUACACGGUUGUGGGACCCUCCUCGGUGCUGACCUACGCCUCCCAGCCGCUCAUCACCAAUGUCACGACGAGAAGUGCUGCCACACCCACAGUGGGACCCCAGCUGGAGGGCCCAGAGCACCAGGCACCUCUCACCUAUUUCCCGUGGCCUCAGCCCCUGUCCACGCUGCCCACCUCCACCCUACAGUACCAGCCUCCAGCCCCAGCCCUGCCGGGGCCCCAGUUUGUCCAGCUCCCUAUCUCUAUCCCGGAGCCAGUCCUUCAGGACGUGGAAGAUCCCAGGAGAGCCAUCAGUUCCCUGACCAUCGACAAGCUGCUUUUGGAGGAAGAGGAUAGCGAUACCUAUGCGCUCAACCACACGCUUUCCGUGGAAGGCUUUUAGGGCUGGCUCCCACCCGAGCAUCCUGUCCCCUGAAACUGGGAUUUGAAAACGAGCCUGGGAUUGAGCCUCAGGUUCAUAUCUGUUUGGAGUUUCAUAAUUACAAACUACAGUUUCUACCCCAAACUAGAAUUGUAAACCAGACUUCCUUCCUCCCUCCCUCCCUCCCUUCCUCCCUUCCUCCCUUCUUCUCUUUCUUACUCUCUCUUUCUUAUUUCUUUUUCCAUUUCUGUUUCCUUUUGGGAGGGAAUUAUAGGGAUUUUAAAGAUAAUAUUUGAUGCCAAGUGUUGCCUAAUCUGUGGCCCAGGGUUUUUAUUUCUGCCACGUUUCCUUCCUGGAGAAGGCCCCUCUCUCCAAUGCCCACUGCUUCGUGGGAGCAGCAGCCCUGCUGAGCCGUCUUCAGGCAGUGAUGCUCUGUGCUCUGUCAUUUUGAGAUGGAUGGGGUGCCCUGUGAGAAGACCAGCCCUGCCAGCAUCUCCAAGGGCAGAACCAAUGCCAGAGGCCUUGAGCUGUCAGUUCCCACAGUUGCUCCUUUGUUUGCUGUUCUCAGCUUUGGCCAGAUUUACAGUCUUGACAGCAGGGUCUCAAGGCCUGGGGCUCAGCGAGGUGGUGGGUGGAGGAUCGGGGCGGGGCGGGGGGGGGCAGGAAGGGAACAUCAGAGUGUGUAGGGGCCGGGUCAGAGGGACAAAGGAGGGUUGGGGGCAUGGAGUGUGGAUGUGGGGGGAGGGGCGAGCAGGAGGGCUGAGGAAUGGUUUUCUUUAGAUUACUUGGUUAUUAAGAAGGGGAAUAAAUUUAAGAAAAUAUGGCUUUAAUAGGUGGUUUUGCUGCUCUCCUUGAGGAUGCUUGCAAGGAGAGCUGAGCUUUGGUCAACAGGAUGAUGGGAUAUGUCUGACUGUAUCUUUCCAUGUCCAGACCCUCUUUGGGGCUAUGUGCAGGCCAAGACCCACUGAGGCCCAGGGAUGACUGAGACCUGGUUGAGUGUGGCCACAUGUGCUUCUUUAGUGUCUUAAGCCUCCAUGGACCAGCUUAUGUGAAGCCAGGACUGCCUCCCCAAGCACCAUCCUUCCUGGGGGUUCUAGAGCCUCAGCCAGAAGGACCAUUAGGUUUCAUUUCAAUUUUUAUUUUUUUGCUGGAGAAACAUCAGAUCUGCAGGGGCCUGAGCACAGCUGUCACCAGGGGUGCACAGCUCCUGACAGAGGCCAUGUCCUUCGGGAACUAGCACAUCUGUCUGCUAAGGACACCAUUGUCACUAUUAGGCAGAUGCAUUAGUUGGAGGACUCCGCAUAGAAGUAAUGGACUUUUCUGGGAAAUGACCCUUUCUUUGAUAUAUAUAUAUAUCAAAGACUUUGGAGAAAAAUUGCCUUUUUUGGAUUUUUCUGCUUUGGGUUUAUUUUGACCCAAAUUUCUGGUAUCUGCCUAAAAUCCCCAAACAGAUAUCUUGAAUUGUUUUUAUUUAGACAAUUUUUAGAUUUAAAAGGUUAAGAUAUCAUUUUAGAUAACAAAUUUCUAUCUUUGUUGGCAGUGAUGUGAGUAGGAAAGGGAGGGGGGGUCUCAGGCCUAUUUGAUCAAAAGCCCUGGCUUCCUAUAAAAAACACUAUGCAAGAAUUUUCCGCUUACUGUUUGAGGGUUUGAGAAGAUGCAGAAGCAAUCUCCAUAAGGGAGUUUAAGCUGAGGAAACAAGCAAAGAAAUAAAGUACUUGACAUAUUUGCUAAGAUUUAAAUGGUGUUUUCUUUCUUCUUAUCUUGAGGUCAUGGAAAUCUUGGUUGCAGCCAUCCAUCUAGGUUUCUUCCUGGGUUUUUCUGUUAAGAUGGAAACAUUUUCAAUAAAGAUUUGCUCAGA